AUGUCUUAUCGGAAUAGUGAUCAGUCGGGGGGUCGACGCAGCUCGGAAAGCUCAGGGGCGCACAGCUGGUUGUCGCAAGAGACUGUCAGAGAAGGUCGAAGCCAGCACCAGCAGCACAGUCAUGAACCUUCGAACGGACGCAGUGUUUCUCCUUUAUCAGGUUUUAGGGACACGGACAGGCCCGAUCCGCAGAGCUGCACGUCACCGACAUUCAAAGAUCCGAAUGACCUAUAUUCUUCCCUCCUUUCUUGGGGGUCGUCCGAUUUCGCCCCUAAAGAUCAACGCAAACCUCCUCAAUUUGGUAGUCAUAGAAAGGCGCUGGCUGUGCUGGGAACGGACGAUCCUGGCCCUCCACCGACGAACAAUUCUAGUGCCCGGCCGUCACCAUCGAAUCUUAACCACUCCGAUAGUCACCAGCAGGACCCAGAGCCCUCACUGUCCUCCUCCCCUAUGAUACCACCUACCGAUGCCCCCUCUACUUUCUUCCACGACUAUUCCGAGCAGGAACCAUCGCCUGCGCACCACUUUUUUCGUCCUGGAACUGCCCAAACAUAUGCAAGUGAACCUCUAGAGCUAGACUAUAAUGGUGAUCAUCGGAGGCCUUCGGUAGCCAGCGCAAUGACUGUUAGUAGCCAAGGGUCUAAGUCAAGCGCUGGUGCGCUUUUUCGGAAGAAACUGCAGGGAUUUUUUGGCGACGAAUAUGUGGGAAAUGGCGAGUCAAAGCACGAUUCGGACAACUUCACGCAAAGCUCGGCCACGAAACCUUCGUCCCUCGACCACUUUAGGGCGCGCGAGAGAGCAAACUCCGAUGGCUCACGAAAUUCAGGAGCUUCACAGGCUCAAAACCAGGCAAGAACCCAAACCCCUCUACCUUCUAGCGACAUCACCCCAUGGCUGUAUCAGAGCUAUCACGACAUACCGCAGUAUGGUGAAGCUCCUGUCCGCGAAGCGCCCACAGCAGCGACUGAUAGUCAACGUGGGUCGAUAUCCCAGCGGGAUCACGGUCGACGACAUUUCAGCGGCCAUCGGCAUUCGCGAAGCAAGGAAGAGAAGCCGACAGUUGCUGGUGACCUAGCAGGUUAUUCUAGUCGUCCAGCCACGGGACGCGACGAUCUUUCCCUCGAACUCCGCCCAUCCAGAGAAGGUAGCUUGAACUACCCAACGCCGAUGACUUCGUCCACCACUCUUGUUGGUCGGUCCACAAGCCCAACUCCUAGUGUUCAAAGUGCCUACUCUAGGGAACAGGGCCAAAAUUCACCUGGGACGCAAACGAGUAAACGUUCUUUCCUCGACAAGAUACGCCGUCCGAAACACGGCCACUUGAAAAACAUUACAGGGGCAAAGGCGGUGCAGGAGACAACCAAAGCUGCCAGCUCAAAGCUGUCUCGGCGUGAUGCCUCACCCGCCCGACGUGGACGACAAGGGAGCAUUGAAAGCGGAACAUCCUCGCGAUUGACUGAACCCGGAGACACUGAGCGGAGAAAGGACAGCAAAGGCCUAGCCAUUAGUUCUGCGAAAUUGAGGGGUCGUCGCGGUCAUGGCAACGAGAUCCCUUCUGACGUGGAUAUCCGAAAGCCCGGCGUACCAAAUAUGUGGGCGCUUGAUACCGAUCUCACUCAUAUGGAAGGCAUAGUAAAUCCGCCAUCGCCGAGUGCACAAAACAAGAUGCUCGAUGGGGCUUCAAUACGAUCCGAGGAGAUGAGACGGCCUGAUCCUAUGCCCGCCGGCAAUUGGGACGCCCCGGAGAGCUGGCAUGUAAAGAAGAGCGAGCCUUCUAAUGUACUCCCCCAAGACACCUCGGAGCCUGGCCCAACCAUUUCGGAGCCUGGUGGCUCAAAUUGGUACAUACGGAUCUUUCGUCAGGAUGCCACGUUCGCCACACUAUCGAGUGGGCUAUACUCCACUGUUACCGAGCUGGUUCAAUUGCUCAGUCGAAAGUCGUUUUUCGUGGAUCCUGCGGCUAAUUACGAAUUGAUCAUGCAAAAGAAUGGCCUCUCGAGACAGGUCGAUCAAACGGAGAUGCCCAUUCUCAUGCAAAAGCGGAUGCUCGAACAACUGGGCUAUACUGAGAAAGAUCGUAUUGAAGAAGUUGGCCGGGAAGAUCACAGUUACAUCUUGCGGUACACGUACCUACCGAUUUUGAUCAGUGGCUCUGUCAUCGAAGGUCAUGAUCCUCCUCUCGGCAAAACUCAACAGAAAUUCAGCCAUGUGGACCUUACGAAUCGAAGCCUUCUUACGAUUCCAAUCGGUCUAUACAAAAAAGCCCCCGAGAUCAUCUCGCUCAAUCUAUCAAGGAACCUUGCUUUGGAUGUGCCCAAGGAUUUCAUCCAGGGAUGCAUCAACCUGCGAGAAAUCAAGUUCAUGGGCAAUGAGGCUCUCCGGUUGCCUGCGAGCUUCGGAUUGGCGGGCCGUUUGACAUACUUGGACGUGUCGAACAACUGCCUGGAGGAUCUGACGCAUGCCAACCUCGAUAGAUUGCAUAGCCUUGUCAGCAUUAAACUGGCCAACAACAGGCUCACAAGUUUGCCUGACUACUUCGGCAACUUUCGUGGUCUGAGAAGCCUGAACAUCUCGUCUAACAGCUUCCACGCAUUUCCAGAACUCCUAUCUCGCUUGAAGAGUUUAGUCGACCUAGACAUCAGUUUCAACCAUAUCCCCGAACUUCUGCACAUCGGAAAGCUGACAACUCUCGAGCGACUUUGGAUGACGAACAAUAUCGUCAGGGGUCCCCUAGGUGACACGUUUAGGGACCUGGCCAACUUGAGGGAGAUUGAUGCCAGGUUUAACGAAAUCACCAAUAUAGACAUUCUGUGUCUUCUCCCCCGGCUGGAGCUAAUAGACGUUGGUCACAAUGCAAUUUCCAAAUUCAAGGGCUCAUUUCCAAAGCUUAGAGCUUUAGGUCUGGACCAUUGCCCGAUGACUCAGUUCGAUAUUGACGCACCUGUGCCCACACUGAGAUCUCUCAAUAUCGCCUCUGCAAAGCUGGUUCAAUUCCGCGACAGCUUGUUUGAGAAUGUGCCUAACCUGCAAAGGCUUAUUCUUGACAAGAAUCACUUUGUGUCGAUGUCACCUCACAUUGGUAGACUUCGCAAGCUUGAGCACUUUAGCAUGAUCAAGAACCCUCUUGCCGCUCUUCCUGCAACGAUCGGCUGUUUGACAGACCUCAAAUAUCUCAACUUGAGAGAAUGUAAUCUGAGAAAGCUACCGCCAGAGCUUUGGCAUUGCGUGAAGCUGGAGACACUGAAUGUUUCGUCGAAUGUCCUUGAUGUUUUCCCGAAGCAUGGGUGCCCGCAGCCGCAGGUUCCCAGCGAAGUGACCAGCACUCCUGCAGCAACACCUGGCAUAUCGACGACACCCAGUUACGAGGAGCUGGGCGCUCUAGAUGAACAAGAGGCACGCCGUCCAAGCCAAGCCUCGGGCGGAGUUCUUAGCACUGGGAACUCUCCAAACGGUGGCACGUACCGAAAGCCUUCCGUUGCAUCUUCUUUAGGUCAAGGCAGGAAGGUGUCCGCUGCAUCCCGGUCGCUGACGGAUGGGAGUCCGUCUUCUCGUAAGGAUUCGAACUUCUCACAGCAUCUGACGACGACAUUUGCCGGCUCGCUCAGGAAUCUCUACCUGGCUGACAAUCGACUGGAAGACGACAUAUUUCGGGAGUUGUCGCUGCUCCCAGAGCUACGCAUCGUGAAUCUCUCGUACAAUGAGUUGACUGAGCUUCCCCAGGGACUGCUCAGGCGCUGGCCUCUGCUGACCGAAUUGUACAUUUCGGGUAACGAACUGAUCUCUCUACCUUCCGAUGAUCUCGAAGAAGGUAGCAACCUCAAAGUCCUCCACAUCAACGCCAAUCGCUUUCAGGUACUCCCUGCGGAGCUUUGUAAAGUUGCGAAACUCGCAUACUUGGAUGCUGGGAGCAAUUCGCUCAAGUACAAUGUUUCCAACUGGCCCUAUGAUUGGAAUUGGAAUUGGAACCGGAACCUCCGGUAUCUUAACUUCUCGGGCAACAAACGACUGGAAAUCAAGCCUCCUGGCUCAUCCCUGUCGAAUCAGCCGCAGUCGUCGAAGCAACAGGCAUCAUAUCUGACAGAUUUCACUUCUCUCACACACUUGCGGGUUUUGGGGUUGAUGGAUGUCACCCUCACGAUUACGACGAUUCCUGAAGAAAAUGAAGAUCGCCGCGUCAGGACGUCUGCUUCACUGGCUGGCGCACUCGCAUAUGGUAUGGCCGAUUUCCUCGGUAAAAGCGACCAUCUUUCCAUCUUUGAUAUGAUUGUGCCUCGAUUAAAGCCGGACAAGGUGGAAACAGUUGUGGGAAUGUUUGACGGACAAUCCCAAACUGGUGGAGGUUCUAGAAUCGCCAAAUUCCUACACGAGAACUUCAUACACACGUUUUCUUCCGAGCUGAAGCGAAUGCGGCCCGAGCAGCAUGAGACCCCACUGGAUGCGCUGCGGCGGGCGUUCUUGAAUCUGAACAAGAACAUGGCCUUUGCGUGUUACAAGUCUCUAGAACAGGAUGUGCGGCAAUACCAGGAGGAUUCCACCGAUCAGAGAAGAGUGCGGUUAACCAAGGAUGACAUUGAUCGGGGCGGUGCUGCUACCGUCAUGUACAUCAAUAACAUGGAUCUUUAUGUCGCAAAUGUCGGCGAUGCUCAGGCGAUCCUCGUCAAAUCCGACGGUUCCAUGAGACACCUGACUCAGAAUCAUGAUCCUGCUGAGGCACAUGAAAGGGAAAGAAUUCGCGCUGCUGGAGGUUUUGUCUCUCGGACGGGUAAAUUGAACGACGUCCUCACCGUGUCAAGGUCGUUUGGAUAUUUCCAAAUGAUGCCGGCGGUUAUUGCAGCUCCUCACACCAUGCACGUCAAUCUUACGGAGCAGGAUGAGAUGGUCAUCCUCGCCUCUAGAGAGUUAUGGGACUAUGUGACGCCGGAUCUGGUUGUCGACGUGACCAGGGCCGAACGAAGAGAUCUCAUGAUUGCAGCACAGAAGAUAAGAGACCUGGCUCUAUCGUUUGGUGCGACUGACAAGCUAAUGGUGAUGGUCCUUGGUGUGGGCGAUUUGAGGAGGCGGGAGAAGAUUAGGACGCGGCCAAGUCUUUCCAUGGUCGGUCCCCCAGAGGAGCAGAUUAUUCCCAGCGUUAAGCGCACGAAGAAACCGCGUGACGCACCGGGUGACUCGAGGCUCGCUCGAUUUGAUUACGUGGAUGCUCCUGUUGGUGAACUGGCCAUCAUCUUCACCGAUAUCAAGAAAUCAACGAGUCUUUGGGAGACCUGUCCGGAUGCAAUGCGCUCGGCCAUCCAGAUCCAUAAUGAUAUCCUUCGUCGACAGCUGGGUAUUAUAGGGGGCUACGAGGUCAAGACCGAAGGAGAUGCUUUCAUGGUCGCAUUCUCCACGACGACUGCUGCUUUGCUAUGGUGCUUCAACUGUCAAACACAACUUCUUGAGGCUGAAUGGCCGACGGAGAUCCUGGAGCAGCCGCAGUGCCAGACUGUGUAUGAUAGUGAAAAUAACGUCAUUUUCAGGGGUCUCUCUGUUCGAAUGGGUUCGCACUGGGGCGAACCUGUCUGUGAGAAGGAUCCUGUCACCAACCGGAUGGACUAUUUCGGGCCAAUGGUCAACCGAGCGUCGCGAGUCUCUGCAGUUGCGGACGGUGGCCAAAUUUUCGUUUCGUCGGAUUUCAUGAGUGAUAUUCAGCGCAACCUGGAGAUAUUUGCGGAUAGUGAACGGGCUGCAUCGACCGGUUCGGAAGAAAGCUACGCGUUCGAUACCCUUGGGAACAACAUCCGUCGUGAGCUGCAACAACUCAACAGCCAGGGAUUCGUGAUCAAGGACCAGGGCGAGCGCAAGUUGAAGGGGCUUGAGAACCCGGAGCCGCUUUACCUCAUCUACCCGCAUGCCCUGUCAGGACGUUUGACAACCGUGGAUAAAGAUACGAGUAACGAGCUUGCCCCGACCACUAUCAGCAAACAUUCUCAGCUGGAGAUCCAGACGGAUCUCAUUUGGCGCCUAUGGGAGAUCACCCUCCGUCUGGAGAGGCUCUGCGCCGCAUUGGAAUAUCCGGGCGAAGCCCGGCUCAAAGAACCAAAUGUGGCUCUUUUCAAUGUGGUCAAGAACCAUGGUGGUGAGCUUGCCGACUCGACUGUGGUCAGCCUAGUCGAACAGCAGGUGACCCGUAUCGAGGUGUGCAUCACCAGUCUUUCCAUUCGGAACAUGAUGCGGCCCUUCCGGCCAGGCGAUCGGCUCAAUGACCACGCUGUACCGAUUGCAGACGUGAUGCAACAAUUACAGACCCAGCUUGCAGAAUAUCGAGCUCUGAAGGAGCAGAUCGAUGCCAGUGCUGGCACGGCAACUAGCUAUACGGGUACCGACCCGCAGUAUAGCAAUGGUGAGAGCAACUCUGACUCUGCAUCGUCGUCCUAUCUACAGAUAGGGCCCCCGUCUGACGAGUUUAACCCUGGCGGACCUCGUCCCUGA